GCAAAAAGGUUGGUGCGACAUUCAAAAACGGGAGAUGGAAACGUGUGAUGGACGCUGCAACCGAGGAGGAUUAUGAGGCUGCUGUAGAGAUGAUGAAACUGAAAUGGGCAAGUUAUCCAAAGGUGAUAGAGUAUGUUGAGAGGACUUGGCUUUGUCAUAAAACGAAGUUUGUGACAUUUUAGACUAACCAAGUUCUUCAUUUUGGCAACACAAGCACAUGUAGAGUUGAGAGCCAGCAUUCGGCCGUCAAGAUGUGGUUUGAUUCUUCGACAGGUUCUUUGGAUACCGUAUGGGCCCGAGUUCAUUGUCACAUUGGUAAUCAGAUCAUCGCUAUUCGUAAUGAUUUGGAGGCAUCUAGGUCGAAGAUUGGUCAGAAGUACCGACAAUUGCCAUUGUCACCUAUUAACGGCAAGGUGUCUCAGCAUUGUUUGAAGAUUCUCGACAAGGAGACGAAAAGGAUGAGGGAUCUGAGUUAUCAGGUGUAUGAGCGUUGCGGAUGUGCAUUGCGGGUGACCCAUGGUUUGCCAUGUGCUUGUCAGAUACAUGAGUCUUUAGCUCGAGAGACGGGCUUGUAUAGUAGGCAAAUUCACCAGUUCUGGAAGACUUUGGUUAUUGGCAAUGGUAAUGACGGAACAGCGUUCGGUAAUGACGCGACCGAGGACGCCACACAUUUUCGAAAUCUGAUGGACGAGGUACUUGGUAGUGACAAUGUUGUUCUACGAAAUGUGACACGCAUCAUUGAGGAAGAGCUACAUCCGGAUCAUGAUAACCUCCAAGAACCUCAUAUCAACCAUAGGGUGCGUGGUCGACAGAGGAACAACGAUACAAGACGUGAUCGGUCUUAUUUCGAACAUGUGAAUCGCCGAAACAGUCACUCUGGUCAACGACAAGGAGAAGAUGAAUCAGACAUCACCCAAAGCCGGUAUCGACACUUGAUUCCCGGACCGAUGUUGCCUUUCAUCACAGGGUGGAAAGAUGUCAUUGGCGAUGGUAACUGCGGCUUUCGUUGUGUCGUCGAGUUCUUCUUUGGUGAUCAAGGCCGAUGGUAUGACGCUCGAGAAACAAUCGCUAACGAGGUCCUUGGUUAUCCAUCCCUGUACGAGAGGAUUUACGGGCUUGGAAGGCUUCAGAUAAAUGUGGAGCGUAUUCGAUGGGACGGUGGGGCGGUUGAUGCUCGUCAUUGGAUGGUUGCAAUUCAAGAUUUAUUUCCCAUUGCUACUUGGUUCAACGCAAUGGUUAUUAUUCUCGGUGUAGGCACCGUACCAACGUGCUUGUACCCAUGUCUCACUAUCUUGCCGUUGCGGGCUCGAAGAGGAGUCACGGCACCACAACGGGAGCCCUAG